AUGAGGGGGUUGCGGCGCAAAGGAAGAGGGGCGAAUGUUUGGCUGGGCCGCUCAUUUUUGGUAGAGGAUGAAGAGGGGAAAGGUUUGGGAUGGUCAGGGAGGUCGGGAGAGUGGGGCUGGUCGGCGAUGGCAUUGUUCGGGUUGGGGGCGGUGCGUUGUUCAUUUCUCGGAGUGGAUGUGUUGGCGUUCAUUGUCGGGAUCGUGGGAGUUGAUGCUUGUGGAUUUCGCGAGUGUGAAAAAGUGGUGGGGGGCGGCUGGUUGAGGGGAGGUGGGGCGAGGGGGAGGUCGGUGGGGCAUGAACGGGAAGUGGAAAGGCUUAAGAAGAAUGGGCAAGAUAGGGACGCUGGUGUCAGUCAAUGGGGUGAAGUGAAUGGUGGAAGGUGAAGCAUUCAGCGAGGCAAGUAGAGGGGGGGGAGAGUGACAGAUGAGAGUGUCGCAAUAUUUGCGAAGGAUGAAAGCAAUACCAUUUUCUACAGGCUUCUUCUGAGGAAGGCAGUACGUCUGUGACGAAUCAGCAAUAAAUUGACCAUACUGUGGGACACAACGA